ACCAGCCGUCUGCCAUUCACGUGAUUCUCCUGCAGAAUGACGGAAGUAGGAAUGCGUCGCAGUAGUCUCUCAACAAUGGCUUUCACCUCGGUUUUAUUAUUUAUCUGCUCGAUUUAUAGCUGUUAUGCUCAAGCGCCUCUGCUCAUGUGGACCAGCGAUGGGUCCAACAUGCCACAUCUGGCUCAACCAACAGCUGGUCAGACAGUGUCUGGUGGACAGCUGGCGUCUUAUCUGAAAUCUGCCCUGUCCAUAGCUCCACACAAUGUGCUGCUCUUCCUACAGGAUAAGCUCAGUAUGGAAGACUUCACUAUGUACGGUGGAGUGUUUGGGAACAAGCAAGACAGUGCCUUUUUGAAUGUAGAGUCAGCCCUUCAGACGUCCUCCAGUCCUCUGGUGUUGCCAUCCCUAGACUGGUCUGCAUCUCAUUCUAUCCUGGAACUCCUCCAGGGAGAGCUGGGCAUCCCAGCAGUCCACAUCGACCCCAGCACCCUGAAGGAAAUCAAGCUGAACACAGCACAGCCUUCACUGCUGGCGGUCCAUCUCCCUUACACUGCUGGGGAUCGGACAAAGGAAUUGCUUUUGAAAAAUGAUGCGAUCAUUGGCGAGGUCCUCGACAUGUUCAAAUCUCAGGAUGUGCCUUACACUGCUGUAUACACCGGCCUGAAGCCUUCUAGAGUCAUUGAGGACACCCCAGUAAUGGCAGAACAUUCUGUGGGUCGAUCUCUACUUCAGGCACCGUCAGAGUCACCUGUGAAACCCCCACUUGUGGUCAACAGCGCAGAGGGGAAGCCCUGCAUCCUACUGUGGGCCGACACUCUCCUCGCUACUUACUCUGGGAUCCAGGUUGAUCUGGCAAGAAGCAUUUUUAAUGGUUCUGCUAACGUCACUGGUUCUGUGUGUAAUAAUACACUCUCAAGACUCGUCCUUAAUUACCAAAAUGUUCUGAAUUUGCGAUCCCUCCGGCUUAUCUUCUCUAUGCGCAAGAUCUUCUUUCCUGUAUCUGCUCGUGACUGGUCAGUGGUGGAGCAGGUGGUGCUGGAGUAUGACGGGCAGAGGGCCAUCUUUAACGCCAGCAGGGGGAUCUAUUCUCCUGCAGAGUAUUCUUUCCAUUGCCAGAACGUGAGCAGCGCUCAGAGCCCCCUGCUGGUGCCCCGCAGUGCUACGGACAAUGCUACCCAAUGGACGCUGUCCUUCACUGAUUUUCAGAUCCAAGGCUUCAACGUUACUGGUGAAAACUUCUCGUAUGCUAGCGAUUGUGCAGGAUUCUUCACUCCAGGGAUUUGGAUGGGCCUGCUGACCUCUCUGCUCAUGGUGUUCAUUCUUACCUAUGGCCUGCACAUGAUCAUGCAGAUUCGCACCAUGGACCGCUUUGAUGAUCCAAAAGGCCCAGCGAUUUCGGUGCCUCAGAGUGAGUGAUUUGAGCCAAAAGCAACCAGAAACUUGUCAUGUUGUCAAAAUUUUAAAAACAUACUUGAUUUGUAUGUAUGUGGAAACUGAUGUGUUUGAUAAUCAGGAAUUUAUCGAUCUCGCAUGAGUAUUUGAGUGUUUUUAAGAGUAUUUAUAGUCAAAGGCAAACCAUAUUUUUCACAUUUAUUUUGAUUUCCUGUAAAAAUUGAAAUUAUUUUCAUCUCUCCCUUAUUACAUUUGUAAAUCUUUAAUACUUUACAGUAAGGAACAUGGGUUACCAAUAAAAAUGUUUUUUAUUUUUGUAAAUUUAACAUUGGUCUAGAUUAAUAAAUGCUGCAAAAAGUUGUUCAUGAUACCUAAUGCAUUAAAUUGAACCUACACAUUUCAGUACACAUACAGUGCACAUGCAUGUUUCUCUGUCUACUGGUAAACUAGACAGACUCAUGAAUGCAAUAACUUUUUUUUAUCAUGUUUUGCAUUAGAACAUCUUGUGGUGUUAUUUUUUGGACUACUGUUAUUUAUUUUGUCUUAUAAAUCUGGUGGGUUUUUUUCUCAUAUUGUACUGGAUUUGCAUUUGUUUGGGUAGUUUGGCAAAUUUAAAACUUGCCCAUAUUUCAUCAUUCCAAAUGUACAAUUUAAGUGCCUAAGAUGGACCAGGCACUGCAUGGAGAAUGAAAAGUGCUAAAUUAUGAUUUAUUGGUUAUUAGUCUAAUAAAAGUGCCAAAAGUA